UAAUGUUCCUACUAAAUAUUUCCCCCUGAAAAUCAGUAUGACAAAGAAAGAAGAUGUUGUGGUGUUGAGUUACUUUGACUGUGUUAUUAGGGAGUCUGACUUAAAAAUACUAAAAAGUAACGGUUGGUUAAACGAUGCCAUAAUUGGAUUUUACUUUGUAUACUUAGAGAAAGAGCGUUUUAAUUCGAAUAGUGAAUUACUAUUCAUUGGACCCGAAGAAAGAUAUUUCAGGCCCUCCCUAGAACUAGAUUUUGUAGAAUUAAGUUCACUUCAACAGGACAAUUCAUAUGACUGUGGUAUUUAUUUAAUAUGCAAUCUAGAAAAUAUUGCUGAGCAUAUAAACCAGCACGG